UCUGGAGAUAUUUCCGAAAAACUGAAGUGGAUAAUCCGAAAUCGAGGAUAAUCCACUUUAGUGAAACAGGUCGUAUAUGCCUUAAUUAUCAUGACUUUGUGAAUCUCAUUCAAUAAAAUUAAUAAUUAAUCAAGAUAAAGUUGAAUAAAAGGUAUAUUCAGGCUGGUGUCAAAAUAGGAUUCAAGAUGUAUCAAGAAUGCACCUAAAGAAAUUCAUGUAACAAAAAAGCGUGUAAUUAAAUCUAUCUAUCUCAACAUUCUACAAUAUUACAAGUGCAACGCUCAAAUAUACUGUUAAUUAUAGCAUGUAAAAGAAACCAAUAGAAAAAAAUACAUAAGUUCGGCUUGCUUUAAGCCUGCUUUAAAUUACCUUUUGAACUUUUCUGAAUCCUGGAGAGUAAAAUUUAAAUUUUAAAACUUUUUGAUAUUUAUUUUUAAAAGCACACGCAAAGGAUCAAGAAAACAAAAUGAGAAAUGAAACAACAGAGAGAAUUUGACAGGUUACUUUUCUCUUCUCUCAUUCAUGUUUCUCCAACAGCAUACAUACCUGUUUCUUUACUGUCCAAUUUUUUCCAAAAGGAAUAAAUGUAUCCCCUUCUUUAAAAACAUCUCAGUGUGUAUUUCAUCGUUGUUGCGAAAGGAUCAAAAAGUGAACAGAUAUUUCAUCAUGAUCUCAGAAUCAUACAAUUCGCAGUUUUACUAUAAUUGCUCUAAUAUUAUUUUAAAUAAAAAAAUAAAUCUAUCCUUUCCGGACGAAAAUUUGUCUCCAAAUAAUUUUAACAUAGAAUCACCAUUAGAAUUUCAAAUAAAACCAUAUAAAUCAUCUUCAAAUAAUGGAAACGAAUUAUCAUUAACAAACAUUUCUGAUGGAUGGCAAACACCGAAUUCAAUUAGUGAUAGCUACCGAUCAUCAAGUCCUGAAUUUAUAUCGCUGUCAACAUCUAAAUACCUUCCAGUAAAUUUUAAAAUUCAGAAUCAUCAAAAUAGUUAUUCACAGGCAUCAUCAGUAAUUUAUCAACCACAACAUAUUCCAAUAAAAACAGAAUGUCAAAGUGAUACAGAUGAAAGUGUUUCUGAUCAAGAUAUAUCACCAGUGAUAAUCCACAUGACAUCGAAAAAUGAAUCAAAGGCACAAAGAAAGCGAAAAACUAAGCAAAUUGCACCAAUAGUUAAAAAGAAAAGACGGUUGGCUGCAAAUGCAAGAGAAAGACGACGCAUGCAAAAUUUAAAUGAAGCAUUUGACAGAUUAAGGCAAUACUUACCAUCACUUGGAAACGAUCGUCAAUUAUCUAAACAUGAAACAUUACAAAUGGCACAAACGUAUAUUUCUGCACUUUGUGACUUACUUGAGUAAUAUUAAAUUAAAUCUUAAGGAGUCUUACGUAAGAAUAAGCAAAAUAUAAUUUAUGUACUACAAAACACUAUACUUUUAAUGAACGCAU